AUGAUGGCACUGCGCGCUGACAUGGACGCGCUGCCGGGGGACGAGGAGACGGAUUUGUCGUUCAAGUCGCAGAACAAGGGCGCGAUGCACGCGUGCGGACACGACGCGCACACGGCGAUGCUGCUGAGCGCUGCGAAGGUGAUCUGCGCGCAUCAGGCGGACAUUAAGGGCAGCGUGCGGUUCAUUUUCCAGCACGCCGAGGAGCUGCUGCCCGGCGGCGCGAAGGACCUUGUUGCCGCCGGCGUGAUGGAGGGCGUGAAGAGCAUCUUCGGCAUGCACUGCUCACCGCGGUACGAGGCGGGCACGGUUGGUCUGAUGCCCGGCAUCAACACGAGCUACACGGAUUUCUUCAAACUGGUAAUCUGCGGUCGUGGCGGCCACGCGUCGACCCCGCAGCUUCUUGUGGACCCCGUGCCGAUAACCGCCGAGAUCGUGAUGGCGAUCCAGACGAUUACUGCGCGCAAGAUUGACCCGAGGGUGGUGCCUGUUGUGUCGAUCACGACGAUGACGACGGGACCGAAUGAGAGCCACAACGUGAUUCCUAACGAGGUGAAGCUGAUGGGGACUGUGCGGUCGCGGGACAAGGCCGUGCGUGAGCAGGUGCCGCGCGACAUUGAGCGUCUUGCGUCGAAUAUUGCUGCCGCCCACGGCGCGGCGGCAACGUUGGACUUCACGUUCGGGUACGACUGCUGCGACAACGACCCUGAGGUAACUGCGCAGGUGCGAUGCAUCGCCGAGCGAAUUCUUGGUUCUGCCAACAUCAUCGACCCCAAGGUGCCGCUCUAUGGUGGUGAGGACUUCUCUGCGUACCAGCUGAAGAAGCCCGGCUGCUUCCUGUGGCUGGGUACGGCCAACAAGUCGCAAGGUAUUUGCGAGAUGUGCCACUCGACGAAGUUUCGUGUCGAUGAGACCGCGCUCCCGAUUGGUGUUAGCUUCCACGUGGGCUACGUGUACGACAACGUAAUGGCGUAA